UGACUGCGAAUACUGUAAUGUAAGCUAGAAGGAGGCAAGAAUGUUCGGCUCCCAUUUGGAAAAGAAGUCCAUUUCCAAGAGGCUGGUCCUCUCCCAGUCUAGUUUGUCAAUGAUCGUUCUCAUGGCUUUGUCUUGCAGUGUUUUCUUACUGCACCAGGUUAGCACGUUAAGAGAAGAGCUGCAGAAACUCAACAAGGAAAUUCAUAUGUACCUAAACCACGAGCCUGCAACAGAGCAGAACCCAACAGUGCAUGCAAGGGAACCGAAAUUGGUGCCAAGCAGCUCAAGCAGUUUUGAAAAGAUACAGCAAUAUCAGACACUGAACUCCCUGAUAAGAACGAGGAGAGAAGCGAAAGGUUCCACAAAACAUCAGUCGUUCAUGCAGCUGGAAGCUGUAAAAGAUGCAGAGCCAAUUCAGAAAGGUGAUAUAACCAUCAUUCCCUGGGCAGUCACGGUUGAAAGGGGGGAAAGCCUGGCUACAGCUGAUAAUAAAAUGAUUGUACAAGAAGAUGGUUAUUACAUGGUGUAUGGCCAGGUUUUGUUCCUGAAUCCCGGGAUUCAGGAUAUAAUGGGUUAUCUUAUCCAGAGGAGGAGAUCCAACGUAGUCGGGACAGAGCAGAGAUACACAAACCUGCUUCUCUGUGUGCAGGAAAUGCCAAAGGAAAGAAGCACCAACUCCUGCUACACUGCAGGUAUGACUGGACCCGGGCUCAUGCUCCUAUUCAAGCAGCACUGCAAACCCUGGAGCAGUCCCAUCAGAGACCGUCGGGGCAGCCCUGUAUAUAUAUGCAGUUAUUUCUCUCAUUCUUUUCUCUCUUUUCAUCAGGUGUAGUGAAACUGGACCAAGGGGACGAGCUGGAGUUGGUAAUCCCCGACCGACCGAACGCUAAAAUCUCCAUGGAUGCCGACUCCACAUUUUUUGGCGUUAUACAACUCCUGUAAAUUACUCUGGAUUAGGGACCUGCCACACACUGGCUGGCCAGUGCAGUAAUAGUAUUCAUACUUUGGUGUUAAAGCUUCUGUCUCUGACUCUGUCUGUUUUAGUUUUAUAUUUUAUUUUAUAUUUAUAUAUAGACCCUUUCAAUACAGAAAUUGCUACUAAGUUAUAAAUGGUAAAUACUGCAUGAAUUUAUUAAACUUUUAUCAACAGAUAUAAACCUGAACUGAAUGUACUCUAACAUGAUUACUGAAAGUGCAAUAUGUGUUGGUUUCUUGUUAAUAUAUUUGUAUAAAACGUAUCCUUCCUACUGAUUUUUGUAUAAACUCUAAGUAUACUGGCAUCAGAUUACUCUUGUAAAAGAGGUAGCUACCUCAUUAUUUUUCUUGAUCCUGGUAAAAAAAACAAUGUAAUAAAAAGAAAGCAAAAGCA